AUGAGCAAAUUUGGCGCCAUGAUCAUGGGCCCUGCGGGGGCAGGCAAGUCCACCUUUUGCGCCGCCCUCAUUACCCAUCUCCAGCUCAACCGCCGUUCCGCCUUCUACGUCAACCUCGACCCCGCGGCCGAGACUUUCGAGCACACGCCCGACCUCGACAUCAAGGAACUCAUCUCACUCAAGGAUGCCAUGGAGGAAGUCGGCCUCGGCCCCAACGGCGGCCUAAUCUACUGCUUCGAGUUUCUCAUGGAGAACCUGGACUGGCUCACCGAGGCACUGGACAACCUGACGGAAGAAUAUCUCAUCAUUAUCGACAUGCCCGGCCAGAUUGAGCUCUACACGCACAUCCCCAUCCUGCCCACCCUCAUGAAGUACCUGUCGCAACCUGGAUCGCUCGACAUUCGCAUGGCCGCCGUCUAUCUCCUAGAAGCCACCUUUGUGGUCGACCGGGCCAAAUUCUUCGCCGGAACUCUGAGCGCCAUGAGUGCCAUGCUGAUGCUCGAGGUCCCCCACAUCAACGUCCUCUCCAAAAUGGAUCUCGUCAAGGACCAAGUCAAGAAGAAGGAUCUGAAGCGAUUCCUCACGCCCGACAUGGGUCUGCUGGAGGAUGACCCCGUGGAGCGCGCCAGACGAGUCGCUGAGGGUCCCGAGGGCGACGACGACGAGUCACGAAGACCCGACGAGAGUGAACAGAUUAUGAAGGGCGCCAGCUUCCGGCGGUUGAAUCGUGCUGUGGCAGGCUUGAUCGAGAGCUUCAGCAUGAUCAACUACCUAAAGCUGGACGUGACAAACGAGGACAGCGUGGGCGCCAUUCUGAGCUACAUUGACGAUUGUAUCCAGUUUCACGAGGCCCAGGAUCCUCACGAACCCAACGACGACGAGGACGAGGCCGGAGAUGAAGAGUGA